AGAAGCAAAAUCUUCACCGAUAAUAACCAGAAUUCUCGAGAAAAAGAAAAUCAAGAAGUCUUAAUUAGGGGUUUCACAGAUUCGUGAAAAUCUCGUAAAGAGGAAUACGAUUUCAGACUUAGGUCGAUUCCUUAAGAUCAAACCCUAAUCUCCCCGGUUCCGAAUUUGCGAAAUAAGGAAUUUAGGGUUUCGGUCUUUUUUUUUUCCGCUUCCGGUUUUCGCGAUCGGAGGUAGUGUUUCGAUCUUAACCGUUCCGUUUGAAAUUGCAAGGAUUAGCCCGAACCGUUAGGACUAGGGUUUCGUACACUCGUUACGAUGAACGACCAAUCGCAGAUGAUGAUGAAUUUGAACCAGAUGAGCCAGCCUCAGAUGAUGAAUCAGGUGCAGCAGAUGAUGAACCAGCCUCAGGUAAUUAAGCAGUCUCAGAUUAUAGGUCAGUCGCAGCCUCAGAUGCUCUCACAUAACCAGGGAAUGAGUCAGCAAUCGCAGCCUCAGAUGAAGACAUCUCAGAUUAUGAUGAACCAGUCUCAGCCUCCGAUGAUGAAUCGGGGAUACAAGGUCUGGUCUCAGCAACCUCCUCUGGACCCUAACAUGAAGUUUCAGAACCCUAUGAAACCGAAUUACAGGAGUAACUGGAAGGGGAAGAAGGUCACUGACAAACGCAAGGACCCUAGGAGAAUGGAUAAACCCAAUCCCAGUGUGCCUCUCCCUAUUCCAAUUCCAAACAGCAGUGUCGGUUACCAGCCCCCAACGCUGCACGAGUUGCAAUCGCAAAAUCGCUUAAAAGCGCGUAAGUUCUUUCCUAAGAAGAAGUUUAAUAAUAGGUUUGCUCCCUAUGCCCCUAGGAAUACGACGUCGUUUAUUAUUCGUGCCAAGAAGUCUGGUGGCAUAGCAUCGCUUGUGUCGCCUUGCCCCGUGACUCCCGCAGUGCUUCCUACGCCCAUAUUGUCUCCAUCGAGGGAGAUGUUAGGGGAUAUGGCGAAGGAGGAGUGGGGUGUUGAUGGAUAUGGGUCGAUGAAGGGUUUGAUCAGGCUUCGAUCACCGGGGCACGAGAUUGAUGUUCAUGAAGAGGAUGAUGAAGAGGAUGGUGGGUCCAGCGAGAGUGAUGUGGAGGAGCAUGUAGAGGUGGAGAGGAGGCUGGAUCAUGAUUUGAGUCGGUUUGAGAUGAUAUACCCUAAUUAUGGAGUUGAUUAUAAUAAUGUCUUAGAGAACAGGGUCGAUGAUCAGGAUUCACAUAUAGCUCAGUUGGAGGAGGAGAAUUUGACGUUGAAAGAGCGCCUUUUCCUGAUGGAGAGGGAAUUGGGCGAUCUGCGAAGGCGGAUGCUGUUUCUCGAGAGGCAGAGCCAGGCUGUGGAAGAUGUCAACGAGGAAGUGGUGGAGAAUGGGUCUGAUAAUGAAAGCGAGGGCGGAUUGGAUGUUCCUCUUAUGAGAAUUGAGAACAAUGUGGAGAUGAUUGACUCGGUGUUGGAAAGUGGGAGAAAUGAAAAUGUUGAGACCGGUGCAAAGUUGGACAAUGGUAGAAUAUCGGAGGCUGAAGGCAGUGAUGAUGUUUUUAUGGAAGCGUCUGUUCCGAAAGAAGCUGUUGUAAAGAAGGAUGAGGUCAGAGGUAGUGGAAUCGGGGGUGACUUUGUGUUUAAUGAAGUGAAGGAGAAGGAUGAGCAGAAGGAUGAUGUAGUGACACAACAGUGUUUGGCAGAUAAAAGUUUUGAAAAAGAAAAUGAUGUUAUGGAUAACAAAGAGAGUGGUGAUUUUGAAAUGCUGGACAGAAAUGAUGAAUCAAAAAGUCAAGUAGCAACAGAUGAAAAUACAAACGACUUAGUCUUAAAUGAGAAGGAUGAAAGCAAGAAUCAAGUAGAUGGUACAAGCUCAGGGACUGACUUGUCUGUCCCAUGUUAGCUUAAGUUGCUUGUCUGCAUAGGCUUUUGAAGGGAAGGCUAGAGUGGAAUGAAUUCUACAACUUUUUUAAUGCAUAAAUGUUGGUAUUUGUAGAUCGUAGGUCUGUAGUUUACCUUUUAUUUUGUCGCUAUUUUUUCAUAAUUUGUAUGGGUUUGUAAAAUGAAAUAUUGGGGAGGACUAGUGGUUUUGUUCUUCGUUGUCAUAUCUCAUGGGCAUUAAUGAGGAUCAUAAGGGCAAGAACCCGAGUUUCCUUCCUUUUUCAUUCUGGGAUAGGGUUUGGUUGGGUAGGUAUUUCAAAAAGUAGUAAGAGAGAUCCUUAAGUUUGCAGGUUCACUUAUGUACAAGGGAUUAAAUUCUAUGCCGAAGUGUUCUGAUUAGCAUGUAAAUAACCUGUGAAUUUGCGAGGAGAACUAAUGAUUACUAUGUACUGAUGCUACUUUUAGUUAAUUUCAUGCAAUCGAUUUUGUAUAUUUUA